ACGGCUCUGCCUUCAACCACCAUUAUCUCUCCGUCUUCGCCUUGCCUCAGUGCUCGUCGACGUUCUCGACGAUGGCGACCCCAGAUCCCUUUAGAUCCCACCUUAUUGCCCUUCUCUCUGUCUAUUCUCUUGGUCUAUCCACCGCCCCGCUUCCCAAGUACAAUGGGCCUACUGACUGGCAAACCGACUCUAUUUUACGCUCCUUAGCAGACUUUUCGUCGCGCAUGUAUGCUGCAGAGAAGGCUAUCCACGGUGUCGACAAGCAGGAACGCCAGAAAUGUGAUCCCAAGCGGUCGACGUCUUCCCCGGAAACAGACCCAUCCAAAGCACGCUCCUUAGCUCCAACAUCCAUCAACCUUGGUGAUCUUCGGACUCCACAUGACCCCUCCUCGUUUUUUAACGACGACUUUCUGGGUCCUCCUGUCGAGGCAGCUGCUACCUCCUCUGCUCCGCCUACUUCUUCUCCGGAGUACAUAUCGUGUCCGAGAUGUGGUACUCGAACCACUGAUCCUCGCACGAUACACAAGAUAUCCUCUUUUUCGACACGUAUAUCCUCUGGAUCCCCUUCGGUCGUCACAAUCGGAGGACCUUUGGAUAUUGCGGCUAGAGUGAGCGGGAUGAGCGCAGUCGAAGAGCUGAAGCUCCUCAAAGAUCAAGUCCAGGACGUUGCUCGCGUCUGUAAUGCUGUCGCCAACGGAGAUCUCAGUCAGAAAAUCACUGUCGAGGUUCGAGGAGAAGUCAUGGUAAAACUUAAAGACGCUAUCAAUACCAUGGUUGAGAAACUAGGUCAAUUCGCAAAGGAAGUUACCCGCGUCUCUCAGGAGGUCGGAACAGAAGGGAAACUCGGUGGCCAAGCUUUCGUUCCAGGGGUCGAAGGCACAUGGCAGGAGCUUACGGACGUCGUUAAUGUCCUCGCCGGUAACCUCACCAGCCAAGUCCGGUCCAUUGCUCAAGUCACUAAAGCCGUCGCUGUUGGAGAUCUAUCGAAACAGAUCGAAGUCGACGCGAGGGGCGAGAUUCUGGAUCUCAAGAACACUGUCAACGGAAUGGUCGUUAGACUCCGUGCAUUAGCUGCGGAGGUCACGAGGGUCACGCUAGAAGUCGGAAGUCAGGGAAAACUCGGUGGGCAGGCUAAUGUUCCGGAUGUAGAAGGGGUUUGGUUCGAGCUCGUGAAGAAUGUUAACCGCAUGUGCUCGUCGUUGACGGAUCAAGUGCGGUCGAUCGCUUCAGUCACGACCGCCGUUGCAGAGGGCGACCUGACGAGGAAGGUCGAGAUCGAGGUUGAAGGUGAAAUGCAGCAGUUGAAGACGACGGUCAAUUCCAUGGGUAUACUGGGUGGUCAAGCAACGGUUGAAGGUGUCAAGGGAACGUGGGCGGACUUGACGAAGAACGUGAACAAAAUGGCAACCAACUUGACAGACCAGGUUCGGUCAAUAUCCAAAGUCACAAAAGCCGUGGCUAUGGGAAAUUUGACUCAACUCGUUGAUGUUAAUGCUCAAGGUGAAAUGUUAGAUCUCAAAAUCACGGUCAAUAGAAUGGUGGAGGCCCUCAGCGUCUUCGCAAGCGAAGUUACCCGUGUUAGUUUGGAGGUUGGCACGGAGGGGAAAUUGGGUGGCCAGGCUGAUGUUCCCAACGUCGUCGGGACCUGGAAGGCUCUAACAGAUAAUGUGAACUUGAUGGCGAUGAAUCUCACAAAUCAGGUACGGUCGAUUGCUGCAGUGACCAAAGCUGUGGCUGGUGGCGACCUAUCGAAGCGCGUGGAGAUUGAUGUGAAGGGAGAGUUCCUAGAACUAAAGGAAACCGUAAAUCAAAUGACCUCAUCAUUGAGUGUUUUUGCGGAUGAGGUUACCAGAGUAGCCAGGGAGGUUGGUACUGAAGGCAGGUUGGGUGGUCAAGCUCAAGUGAAGAAUGUUGCCGGAACAUGGAAAGCUUUGACGGACAAUGUCAAUGUUAUGGCUAGUAACUCAGCUGUGGCACACGGUGAUCUGACGCAAAAGAUUGUGGGCCUGUCCGUUUCUGGAGAGAUGUUAGAGUUGGUCGAGACGAUCAAUAAGAUGAUCGACCAGCUGGAUAUCUUUGCCGUCGAGGUUAAGAAGGUAGCUCGAGAAGUGGGGACAGAAGGUAAACUGGGUGGUGUUGCAGAUGUGGGAAAUGUUCAAGGUAUCUGGCAAGAGAUAACGCUUUCUGUGAAUGCCAUGGCAGGAAAUUUGACAACCCAAGUCCGUGGGUUUGCCCAGAUCUCGGCUGCUGCAAUGGAUGGCGACUUCACUCGGUUCAUCACCGUCGAAGCAAGUGGCGAAAUGGACUCGUUGAAGUCGCACAUUAACAGCAUGGUGUUCAACUUGCGGGAUAGCAUUCAAAAGAAUACUGCCGCGAGGGAGGCUGCCGAGUUGGCCAACAGAAGUAAGAGUGAGUUCUUGGCGAAUAUGUCGCAUGAGAUCCGAACGCCUAUGAACGGUAUCAUUGGAAUGACCGAACUGACCUUGGAUAGUGAUCUCAACCGAUCGCAGAGAGAGAGUCUCCUUCUUGUCCACAGUCUUGCGCGAUCACUACUAUUAAUCAUUGAUGAUAUUCUGGACAUCUCAAAGAUCGAGGCUGGACGGAUGACAAUGGAAGCCGUUUCAUUUUCCCUACGCCACACAGUUUUCGGAAUGCUCAAGACGUUAGUCGCACGUGCGUCGCAGAACAAUCUGGACCUAACUUUCGACAUUGCACCCGACAUCCCCGAUCAUCUCAUUGGCGAUUCAUUACGGUUGCGCCAGGUGAUAACGAACCUUGUUGGUAAUGCGAUCAAAUUUACGCCUCCGAAAAUUUCCCGCAAAGGACUUGUUGCAUUGAGCGCACGACUGGUGGCGUUGGACGACCACAACGUAACGCUCGAGUUUUGUGUCACCGACACGGGGAUUGGUAUUCCCAGGGCCAAAUUGAAUAUGAUCUUUGAUACGUUCUGUCAAGCGGAUGGAUCUACUACCAGGGAAUACGGCGGAACUGGACUUGGGUUAUCAAUAUCGAAGCGCUUAGUGUCACUGAUGCAAGGUAAUAUGUGGGUCGAGAGCGAAAUAGGCAAGGGGAGCAAGUUUUUCUUCACAAUCAGCUCUCGGAUAAGUCAUGUGUCAAUGGAAAAUAUCAUGACUAAGAUGACGCCGUUCACGAACCGGACAAUAUUGUUUGUCGAUACUCUGGGCGACAAGACCGGAGUAGUGGAUCGAAUAGCGCAACUUGGUCUGAAACCCCAUGUUGUACACUCAGUGACCGAAGUUGCCAACGAAUCACAAUGUCCGCAUAUCGAUACGGUUGUCGUGGAUUCUCUUACUGUGACCGAGAAUAUCCGCGAACUGGAUCACUUCAGAUAUGUACCCAUCGUGUUGCUUGCGCCUUCCGUGUCUCGACUCAAUUUGAAAUGGUGCUUGGACAAUAGCAUCACAGCACAGCUAACGACGCCGGUAACGCCCCAAGACCUUUCAUUUGCGUUAAUAGCUGCGCUGGAGUCCAACACAGUGAACCCUGUGACUGUGCAGAGCGACCUACGUUACGAUAUCCUGCUCGCAGAGGAUAAUUUAGUGAACCAGAAACUAGCGGUGAAGAUUUUGGAAAAAUACGGGCAUUCUGUUGCAAUUGCGGAGAAUGGAAACCAGGCUGUUGAGUUGUACAAGAACAGCGUGCUUCAAAACAAGCCGUUUGAUAUAAUACUGAUGGAUGUGUCUAUGCCGUUUAUGGGUGGAAUGGAAGCGACAGAAAUCAUUCGCUCGUAUGAGUUACUAACCGGACUGUCGCGGAUACCGAUUAUAGCGCUGACGGCGCACGCUAUGAUUGGUGACCGUGAGCGAUGCCUGCAGGCAGGCAUGGACGACCAUAUUACCAAACCACUUCGUCGAGGAGAUUUGCUCAACGCGAUACAUAAGCUUGCGUCUGAAAAGAAUCCCUCUCGUAAUUUGCUACGGCGCGCACCCGCCUCGAUAUGAGCAACGCGUGCUUCAUACCCGAUUUAAAGAAUAACAUCAGCUGUACCGGAUAUUGUUCAUGAUUUUGCUGUGUGCAUG